ACUCGCUCCUUCUCGCUCUCUGCGCUUCUGAGUCGUAACUCGGUCGCCGAAGAAAUGGAGGAGGAAAUGGACGAAACCGAAGCUCUACCGCAGGUGUACAUGGCAUGCAUUCGGCAAGGCCAUCGAGUGGGAGUUUCUUAUUAUGAUUCCAGCAUUCGCCAACUUCACGUGAUGGAAGUUUGGGAAGAUGGCAGCAUGGACUUCCCUCUAAUUGAUAUGGUGAAAUAUCAAGCUAAGCCACUGAUCAUCUACACAAGCACAAAGAGCGAGGAAGCUUUCUUGUCAGCUUUACAACGAAGUGAUGGAACAACAGAGGCUUUUACGGUGAAGCUUGUGAAAAGUUCAGUUUUUAGCUAUGAGCAAGCAUGGCACAGACUGAUUUACCUUCGAGUAACUGGAAUGGAUGAUGGGUUAGACAUCAAGGAGAGAAUUUCUUAUUUGAGUUCUAUGAUGGACAUGGGAAGUGAUGUUCAAGUUCGUACUAGUGGAGGCCUUCUCGCCAUAUUAGAGAAUGAAAGGAUUGUGGACACACUUGAACAAAUGGAAUGCGGGAAUGCAUCUAUUGCAAUUGAUUCUGUUAUAGAAGUUUCAUUAAACAAUUUUCUAAAACUUGAUGCAGCAGCUCAUGAGGCAUUGCAGAUCUUCCAAACAGAUAAGCAUCCCAGCCAUAUGGGCAUUGGUAGAGCAAAAGAAGGGUUUUCUGUAUUUGGCAUGUUAAAUAAGUGUGUAACUCCUAUGGGGAGGCGCCUCUUGAGGAACUGGUUCUUAAGGCCAAUCAUUGACCUUGAAAGUCUAACCAGUCGUCUUGAUGCCAUAUCAUUCUUUAUAUCUUCAGAAGAACUAGUCAUGUCUUUACGGUCAACGCUGAAAUCUGUUAAGGAUGUUCCUCACAUACUUAAGAAAUUCAACUCCCCAAGCUUGGCAUGUACCAGUACUGAUUGGACAGCUUUUUUAAAGAGUGUUUGCUCACUCUUGCACGUGAACAAGAUUUUUGAAGUAGGUGUUUCUGAGAGUCUUCAAGAGCAUGCGAAGUACCUGAAUUUCGACAUCAUUGAGAAGGCUGCUUCAUCCAUUACAACUGAGCUUGCUUAUGUAUAUGAAUUGGUAAUUGGUGUUCUUGAUGUAAACAGAAGUAAAGAGAAGGGAUAUGAGACAAUUGUAAAAGAUGAUUUCUGUACAGAGUUAGAUGAGCUGAGGCAAAUAUAUGAGGAAUUGCCUGAAUUUCUGGAAGAGGUUUCAAAGAUGGAACAUGGGAGACUUCCUCAGCUUGGCAAGGGCAAGCUUGUUCCUUGUAUUGUUUAUAUACACCAAAUAGGAUAUUUGAUGUGCAUUUAUGAAGAAAAACUUGAUGAAGCUAACCUGGAGACACUUCAAGAUUUUGAGUUUGCUUUCUCUGAUGCAGAAGGAGAAACAAAAAGAUUUUUUUAUCGUACUCCAAAGACUCGAGAAUUGGAUAAUCUUCUGGGAGAUAUCUAUCAUAAAAUACUAGAUAUGGAGAGGGCGAUCACUCGGGAUCUGGUGUCGCAUAUACUUCUAUUUUCAACCCAUCUGCUUAAAGCCGUUAAUUUUGCAGCUGAACUUGAUUGCUUUCUGUCAUUGGCGCUGGUUGCCCGUCAAAACAAUUAUGUUAGGCCUACUUUGACCAUGGACUGUUUGCUUGAUAUACAAAACGGAAGACACGUUUUGCAGGAAAUGACGGUAGACACUUUUGUUCCCAAUGACACAAAGAUUCAAAAUGAUGGAAGAAUUAAUAUCAUUACUGGUCCCAACUAUUCAGGGAAAAGCAUCUACAUAAAGCAGGUAGCUCUGAUUGUUUUUCUAGCGCAUAUAGGAAGCUUUGUUCCGGCAGAUGCUGCAACUGUGGGUUUGACUGAUAGAAUAUUCUGCGCAAUGGGAAGCAAACUCAUGACUGCAGAGCAAUCAACAUUCAUGAUUGAUCUGCAUCAAGUAGGGAUGAUGCUAAGGCAGGCAACUUCACGGUCUUUGUGUCUUGUGGAUGAAUUUGGUAAAGGCACUCUAACAGAAGAUGGCGUUGGUCUGCUUGGUGGAACCAUAAACUACUUGGUGUCCUAUGAUUCACCCCCAAAGGUUCUAGUGUGCACCCAUUUGACGGAGUUAUUCAGCGAUAGUUGCUUACCUAAAUCCAAGAAGAUCUCAUUUUACACUAUGAGUGUACUGAGGCCUGACGACUCCACAGAUAUUGAGGAUAUUGUUUUUCUGUAUAGGCUAGUUCCUGGACAUGCACUGCUUAGUUAUGGUCUGCAUUGUGCACUACUUGCUGGUGUCCCUGAGGAAGUUAUCAAGAGAGCAUCAUUUGUAUUGGAAGCUAUUGGAAAUAAUCAGCAUGUCGAACGAUUGUGCAAUGAGAAUAUAUCAAUUCAGGAUCGGCAAUACCAGAAAAUAGUGGACAAGAUGUUGGCAUUUGAUGUUCACCAGGGUGAUCUAGGCCUGUUCUUUCGAGACUUAUUUCCUCCAUCCUAAAAAAGCACCAGAGGUAAC